AUGACAUUGAUUCAUGGAUUCACGCUACCUCCAGUGGAAAGUGAAGAAGUGAAAUAUCAUUUUCUCGAUUAGUUAUUGAACUCAAACUACGACGGAUUGAGUGGACGUUUGACUUUUGAGUUUAGUACGCGAUAAAGUUUUGCUCUGUUUUUAUCUUUUGAAAAAACAAAAACUAGAAUCAAAAUGGUUCCUCUGUACCUUCAAAUCGGCGUUUGUUUCGCGUUGGUCUUGUGCUUGUUAGCGUUCAUAUCGCGGUUCGACCAUUGGAAGCGGCUGGGCAUCCCAUACUUGGAGCCGUGCUACGUGUGUGGUCAUCGCGUUUUCCGCAAGUUCCUCUUCAAAUCUUACGCCGAAUGCCUGGACAUCCUGUACCAGAAGGCCCGAGCUCAAAACCUGCGAUUUUGCGGAUUUUUCCAAUUUCAAACCCCGAUUCUGAUGAUUCUUGAUCCGAGUAUCAUCGAUCGAGUCCUCGUGAAGGACUUUCAUCACUUCUCGAACCAUCACGACUUCCGGUACGACCAGAACCAUAUUUACUCGCACCAGCUCUACUCGCUCAAUGACUCCUACUGGAAGACCCUGCGGCGUCAGAUGUCGUCCAUGUUCUCCGCCACGAGCAUGAGGCAGAUGGCCAAUCGAAUGAGUAGCUGCUCCGAGAAAAUGGAGCAACACUUCGAGAAGCAGUAUAAUAGAACAUGGGUCGAUGUGCACGAGCUUGCUUUCAAGUUCACCGCAGACCUGAUCAGCAGAGCUUUGGGCACGGAUUUGGAUCCUUUCUCGGACAAGAAAACACCCGUGCUCGAACUCCUGUACAGCACCUUCAAACCGUCAUUUUUCACCAUGCUGACGCAAUUCGGGUUUAUAUUCUACCCGAGUUUAGGCCACAAAUUCGCGGUCAUGUCUCCGACCGAGCACAGGAUCCUCAAGGGUUUCGUUGCCGAAAACGUCCACCGAUGUCUCAAAAAAGACGGCCGAAACACGGACAAAGAUCUUUUCCAGUUUUUGAUGGAUCUCGAGGAAAAUAAGAAUGAGAACAACGAAAGUGCGAGUGAAGGGUCUAACGAGGAUCCUGCUUUUACGGUGGAGAGGAAAAUACAGAAUCCAGAGGAGUUGUCUCCAACCAAAGAAAUGAUGCUGAUCGGACAGCUGAUCUGGACUUUCACGGAUGCAGUGGAAACAAGCUCUGGACCUCUAAGCUUCUGUUUCCACUUACUAUCUUUGAACCCAGAACACCAGCACAAAAUAAAGGCAGAGGUCGACGAGGCGUUGCGUAAACACUCAACGGAAGUGAUCACCGACGAUGUUUUAAAAGAUCUAAAACACACGGAGAAAGUUAUCAAAGAAACUCUGAGACUGUAUCCAGCAUUGAUGCCAGUGGUGAGAAUUUGCACGAAAGAGUACAAAAUUCCUGACUCUGAGACCAUCGUGCCUGUGGGAACUUUACUCGUUGUUCCAAUUUAUUCGAUUCACGCAGACCCCCAGCACCACUCAGACCCCCGAGAGUUUCGGCCCGACAGAUUUGACGAGGAAAGUUCGAGCAAACUCACGCCCUUCACAUACUUACCAUUCGGAAAUGGCCCACGAAGCUGCUUUGGGGCACGGUACGCGAUGACCGUGUUGAAAUACUCAGUGGCGUCUGUCGUCGCUAAAUUUGAGAUGACACCGGUAAACACGAAGACCAAUGUUGUUCCGCUCCACCCUCUGAGCCCAAUAUUGUUACGACCACGAGAACCGAUCUUUGUCCGUUUUACAAAGAGAGAACAGUAGAUGGUGGGUGAAAAUAACCUCUAACUCAGAUAUAAACACUUCAAGCAACCUGCUUCAAUUAUCUUUAAGAAAAGAUACAAACUCAGCGUACACCUUAUGUUGUUAUAGAGAUGAAAUUCGGAUGGAACACACUUUUGGCUGUUUUACUGCAGUUUUUCAUUGCAGUUGUUUGCCUCUUUCCAGCGGUGGACUCAAAAUGUUGCGUGAUGUUACGGCAUCCUCCUUUCUCAGACGUCGAUUAUUGCGGCGAUGUCAAGCGGGACUACAAGCAGGGGAAAUAUUGCUGCGGUAAGGGCUCAUGCAAUGCCUUCUGCUGUAAUUGCAAAAGAGGGUGCGUCAAGGGAGGCAGCUACGAAGAAAAUAGCAGAUAAUUAGAAUGAAAUUGAUUUGAUUCUGACUUACCCCAAGAGAGAAACUUCAACCAUUAAGAGAAAGGGGGGGGGGAGAAAAAUAAAAUUAUGUUCCUAUCUAAUCAGCUGUCGGAGAUACUUCAGGAAAAUAUUUUUCGAAGAAUUGAAGUAAAAAUGCAGUAAAGUUUCUUGAGUUCCUUGAAUAAUAACAUGUUUGAUUAGUACUUAUUUAUUAAAAAUGGAAUAAAUGUAUGUGUACACAUAAAUAUACAAUCAUAAUAAUAAUAAUGAGAAAAAAGGGGAGAGGGAAAAAAACCAGGCGCAGGAACGUACGUACCAUAGAUCGCAUUAAAUUGUAACUGGGUACAUGGUGUGUCGGAGUGUUGUUAUGUUGCCUAUUCGUUAAAUGAAGGGGCUCCUCUGUUUGAAAUUUAUUGUAUGGAACAAAAUUGAAACAGGUUUGAACGGUUUUGCAUCGCAAAGUGUCUACCUAUAGGUGUCACAAAUGGAACUCAUUCUAUUGAUCGUUUAAUCUUUAAAUGCUCAAGAAUUUUUUCAUACGCUAAGUCUCAAGUCGGGUCAAAUGGACCCGUACUUAAAUUCACUGAUUUUGACAAUUGAUCUCAUGUUGUUUCUAUGUUUUUGAGAGUAAGAGAUCCUUUUCCGGAAAUUUUCACCUUUUUGGUAACGCAGUAGGUACUGGUGCUUGUUUAGGCCCCCCCCCCUCACCCACCAUAUGUAAGCCCCCCAGAAGAGGUAGUCGGGUCAAUUUGACUUGGCUUGGGAUUUCUAGGGGUAGACGUCAAGAAAUCAUUCCCUGAUGACACGACACGAGUCUAGCUAAAAUAAUUUUUAGACGUGCGCAUUUAAGGGCGCUUGAGAGACCUUUUAACUUCUUUUUCAAAAUGAUAUUGAUUUUGACACUUUAUGACGUUAAUGAGCAAACUUAACCUUGACUUUUCUUAAUUUCAAAAAUAGUUAGUAGCUAAGUUCACACUCGAUUUUUUUUUUUUUUUAAAUGAAUUUUGAAAGACUUUUGUGACUGGACAUCGAUUUUUGUGACCACACACCAAAUUCCAUCGUAAGCAAUAAAUCUUGCUUACCUGGGUGUGAGGCUCUUAAUGCAGAUACUCUCUCUUUAAUAUUUAAUUAAGCAACGCAGCUUCACCUAGAGGGUGGUUAUUAAGUGAAGCCAAGCAGCUCUAGGUAAAUGGUGAAACAAAAACGUACCUAGAAAGCUUAUUUCCUUUGAAAUCUGAUUAUAGUUGCUUUUGUCCCUCUUUAAAGACACAAAAAUUAUAAUUUAUGAUUGAGGAAAAUCACGGUAACAAUUUGAAGCAUGUGAAACAUUCAUGUAAAUAAGUAAUCAUUACAAAUAGGUGAAAGGGUUAAUGCAUCCCGAUUCUAAACUCCUCUUAUGGAGGUUUACUCUCUUUUGUUGGGAAUAAAUUUUCUACCAGCUUCUUAA